GACGUUAAUUAUGUAAAUGCCGCUGAACUAGUUAUUUGUCUCAGUUUCGUUAAUUAGCCGAUAUUCAAAUGGGAAUUAGAUCUGCAUUUUUCACACUGUAGGGGGUUGUUAUUGUCGAUCUCACCCCCAGAGAUUUCGGCUUCUAAUCAGUAUAAAACGCAACUCACUCCAGAGGACUUCACAUUCUAUCAGCGCACAUUCAAGCAUGGGCUUCUCGGUAACUGUGAUUUGUGUUGCAAUUUUUUUUCUUAUCCUACGGGCUAAUCCAUCAGCAUCCAUUGAACAUGGAAAUAACAUUAACGGCGACCCAUCAGAAACUGAAAUCAAUUCAAGAGGAAGCAGUCUAAGCCAGGAAAACUACUCACCCGCGUGGAUGGAUCGAAAGUUCGGAAAGCAAAAAAUUAACGACUUACUGAGAGACAAGAAUAAAAUGGUCCAUAUUCUCGAAACUUUGGAUGAAUAUCUGUGCUCUAUUUUCACGGGGAAUGAUGGUACCGGAAUGCAGAAGCGCGAUGGGCACCUCUACUAUACACCCCGAUUAGGACGCAAUGUGGAGGAUGUUGAUAAUGCAAGAGAUAUUUCACUUACUGAUGGAUCUUCCUUUUCAACUUCACGACGCAGUAGAAGACCUCAUGGUAGCUCCUAUUCGCCUCGUCUAGGGCGGGAUGAGUCAGGGAUUUAUCUAUGAGGACCACAGUGAAUAUUUAUAAAUUUAUUAAGUUAUUGCCUGGAUAGAAUUAGUAGAUCUUAAUAAAAAGCAUUCAAUAUUUAAA